UUGGAAUCUAAUCUAGCUUGAGAAGAAGGAUAUAGGGCUAAGGCUUUCAGAGCAUACAUAACCCUGUAAUCCUUUCUUCUAUUCCUUCCUUGAGUUCAUUUCCUAGAAACGACCAUGACGUCAAGUACUGCUCACUCCCCUCUGGUUUUUGCCUUUGGCAUCCUAGGUAACAUUGUCUCCUUCAUCGUGUUUCUAGCUCCAGUGCCAACAUUUUUCAGGGUGUACAAGAAGAAAUCAACAGAAGGAUUUCAAUCAGUUCCAUAUGUAUUUGCACUCUUCAGUGCAACGAUCUGGAUUUACUAUGCAUCCCUUAAAUCUGAUGAGAUGCUUCUAAUCACCAUCAAUGGCUUCGGUUGUGUCAUCGAGACCAUUUAUAUUGCAAUGUACAUUACAUUUGCACCAAAGCAAGCUAGGGUGAACACCUUGAGGCUGCUUCUUCUUGUGAAUUUUGGGGGAUUUUGCUUGAUUCUUCUUUUGUCUCACUUCCUAGCACAAGGGCCAACUCGGGUUAAAGUUCUUGGAUGGGUUUGUGUAGCUUUCUCUGUCAGUGUCUUUGCAGCACCUUUAAGCAUCAUGAGAUUGGUUAUUCGCACCAAGAGCGUAGAAUUCAUGCCGUUUUCUCUGUCCUUCUUCCUCACCCUCAGUGCUAUCAUGUGGCUCUUCUAUGGUUUACUCCUUAAAGAUCUCUAUGUUGCGGCCCCAAACAUACUCGGUUUCAGCUUUGGUGUGGCUCAGAUGAUACUGUAUGCAAUUUACCGAAACAACAAAACGGUUAUUGUGGACAAGGAGAAGCUACCAGAGCACAAAACAGCUGAUGACAUUGUGAAGCAGAUUAACAUCACGGUUUUGCCUACUUCUGAGGUACAAGUACAAGUAAAAGAAGAGGCCGUAAGCCCCGCCCGUGCCAAUAAUUCCGACGAAAGCUAUGAUGAUCAUGAGCAAAACGAACACGAUCAACGUGAGCAUGUUCCACAGCCAUGUCACGUUGAUGCUCAAGGCAUCGACUUGGUCUCUAAGCAAGUCCCGGUUCUUGUUCAAUGCGAAGUUUGAGCAUCGAUGAAUUCGGCUUGGCAUCUUCGAUUUGAUCGAUCUGCUUUGUACUACUACCUGGUCUGAUCUUCAUUUCUAGCCCUAAUAUUGUAUGUGGAAGUGCAUAUGUAACACAGAGGAUGUGUACAUAUGUCCUUUGGUGCAUCUUUAUCUUUCUGUAAGCCUAAUAGUCUAGCUAGUUCGUUCAUAGAUUUGCUUCUUGCCCAUAUUGUAAUGGUUGCAUUUGAGCAUUGGAGGGCAUAGUCGCUUGUUGUGAACAUUUCUUCUUCCUUUAAUUAAUCAUGAAAUAAAAGUCCAUGUACG